UUGUUCUGUUGGACCAACUUGCCGAAACGGCAUAUUCUCGCAGCUUUUUGAACUUUCCCCUGUUUCCUAUAUCUCUUCCUCCUCCUCCUCCAUCUUCUUCGACUUCUCCCACCUCCAUUGCAAGGUUUUACAAAACCCUAAUUCUCUCUCAAUCCAUGGAAUCUCUCGCCAAACUUCACCUCCGCCACCAACCCCUCACCCUCUCGCUCAAUCCACACUGUUCCUCGUUCCCAAAACCCCUUUCUUCCUUUAGACCUCCGCGCCAAUCGCCAACCUUCAACUUCACCACCCUCACUAUCAGAGCCUCAUCCUCAUCGCUUCCGCCGUCCUCCGCCCACCCACCUCACCAAAACCCCCCAAACCCUAAACCCAUUUCCUCUUUCAAAACCCUAGCCCCUCUCGCCGCCCCUAUCAUCAAGACGACCUGCGCCGCCAUCGCUGCCGCCGCAUUCUUCUUCAUGAGGUUCAAUCACCGAACCGCUAUGGCCGCCACCGCAGUCGCACCUUCCAUGGUGGAGCCAGUGGAACAAGAAUCUCCCGCUGACAGCGUUUCGUAUGAAGAGAAAGAGAGGGUACUUGAAGAGCAAUUGUCACAGAACCCGGACGAUGUCGAAGCUCUGAGGAAUUUAAUGGAGGUCAGGAUCAAAUCCAACAAGCUGGCCGAAGCGAUUCAGGUGCUCGAGCGCUUGAUCGAGCUGGAACCCGAAGACUUUGAGUGGCAAUUGCUGAAGGCCAAUGUUCAUAGCUACAUGGGCGAGGUAGAUCUCGCUAACGCCGAGUUCGAGGACAUUUUGUCGAAAGACCCUUUCAAAGUUGAGGCCUUUCAUGGCCUUGUAAUGUCCGCUUCGCAAUCACCGGAGAAAUUGAAUAGUGUGAUGAAGAGGGUGGAGGAGGCAAUGGUGAAGUGUAAGAAGGAUGGGAAUAUGUCGGAUGUGAGGGAUUUUAAGCUGUUAGUUGCGCAAAUUCGUGUGAUGGAGUCGGAGUAUUCGGAUGCUUUGAAGCUUUAUCAAGAGCUUGUGAGGGAAGAACCGAGAGACUUCAGGCCUUAUCUGUGUCAAGGAAUAAUUUAUACAAUGUUGAGGAAGACUAAUGAGGCUGAGAAACGGUUUGAAAAGUUCAGGAAGCUUGUUCCAAAGAACCACCCUUAUAAAGAGUAUUUCGAUGACAAUAUGUUUGCGACAAAGCUUUUUGGGCAGAAGAUGGAGAGGGAAACAGCAGCGUCGAACGUCUGAGGGAACUGGAGUUGCUGAGUUUUAGCUCAUUGUGGUGGCUGGCUUGUGUAAUGUGGUGGUUGCCUCUUGGUUUCUCUCUGCCUCUGUUUUUGGUUAAUGCUUUGGCUAGUAGUGUUCACUCAAACUAUAGUAUCAUGUGCGGCCAUUCAUGCUGUGCUUCAUUCAAAGUUGUUCCACAUCUCGUUAGGGGUUGAACUUGAUGCGAAUGUUCUUAACAUGAAAGGGUAUGUGAGUCACAUAGAAAUUCAAUUUUCAAUAUAACUUGUAGUAGUUAAUGAAUUUGUUUUGGUUUAUGUAAUGCGGUGGAGAUGUUGAGUCGUUCACAAUUAUGAUGAUUUAUAUUUGUGCUUGUAUAAUUUGUUGCAUAUUCUAACAUGGAUUACAAACUGGAUUUCUUCCAGAGCAAAUGGAGAUUUACAUCACAACGUUUUUGUGGUCUCUACUGCAAUAUUGUUCUUUCUGAUGUCAUGGCAAGUCUAUGCGUCCUUUAUACUUUCUUACUUAAUGGAGCUUCCAUUCCCUUGCUUGAGACAAUCUUUACUCUUCCUUAACAACUGUCGGGCGUGAUAGUUAAUGGUUAAUUAGCUGAGGAUUGGCGUAAGAGACAAUCUCUUUCGUUAUUGUGCUCUUUUUUUUUUUUUUUUUUUUUUUUUUUUUUGUUUUGCAGUGAGCAGAUAGGCAGCAAGAAUGCAUAUGAUUAUUUCUGAUUUGAACUGUUUUUAAAUAACUACCAAGUGAAUCAAAGUAGAUGUUGGACUGACCUGACUGUUUUUUAACUUCUGGUUAACGGUGCGCGAUGUCGACCCAGCUGGUGCAGAAAUGAAGACGGUUUUGCAGACAGAAAAGUUUGUAUAGAUUCUUGCUGCAUUCUUGUAAUUUCCAACCAACAUAAUGCCUCUCUCUUUCCCCCCCCCUCCUCUCAUUCUUGCUUUUACUGCGGUUAUUUGAUCAAAGACGGAUCGAGCAGCAGCAGGUUCUCUCCCUGUUGCUGAUAUCAAUGGAGGACAACUUAUUAGUAAACCUCAACCUGCAGCUGCAAUCAACUUGGAAAUGAUGAAAACAUGUCACAAGUGCUCGCACGGGCACCUAGGUUGUGCGCAUGGCCUACACUAUAAUGACGAUACAGUAUCUUAUAUGGUGGGCAUACGUUGUCAAUGCGCUAACUGCUUGAGUCAUGCGUAAAUCCCAAGUGCGUGGUUGAGUAAACUUCCAGAAGAUUCAUGAAAGGGAAUUGACUAAAUCUGUAGUGGCCCAUUAUUUCUUUUAGUUUUGGCCCCAGAGGCCAUUAGCAAGAGUGCACUGUAUCAUAAAUGUAAUAACAAAGCUUUAUUUUCUAUCAUUAUUUAAAUACUAUUUUUGCAAAAAAAUUAAUAAAAUUGGCGAUGGUUUAGUCAUCUUUAAUGUA